AUGAAGACAAGCUGUCUCAAAUUCCUCCUCCUCACAGGACUCUUCAGUGGGUCUCUCUGUGCCAUCUUUGGAGAGGAUAUCUAUGUCAAGGAAGAAAGAACUUGGCAUCAGGCCCGGAACUACUGCAGAGAUCAUCACACAGAUCUGUCCUUAAUGAUCAACCAAGACCGUAGUAGCAAAGUAGUCUGGACUGGUCUCUACAACCACACCAAUGGCGUUUGGCUGUGGAUAAAUGGGAAAACUGCUGCGUUCGUCGACUUGAAGCCUAAGGAUGAAGCUGACGUCUGUGUGAAAGAGUCUAACGAAAAACUGCAAACUACAAGCUGCGACGAGAAAUUGCCCUUCUACUGCUUUGAGAGCAGGCUGGUUUUGGUGAAAGAAAAUAAGACCUGGGAAGAGGCAAUGGCGCACUGUCGCAGCACGGGUAAAGAACUUGUCAGCCUGCCCUCCGAAGCUGCCGUGGGUGAGGUCCUGCUGUCAAGCAUGAGGGCCCAGACGGCUCAGGUGUGGAGCGGUCUUCGUUACCUUGGCGACAGCUGGCUGUGGGUGGACGGGACUCGUUUAGAGUACCAGCCCUGGGGACAAGGGGAGAUUCCUGAGUGCCCUGCCUGGACCCACCACUGUGGAGCCCUCUCACUGGCGGGACAUUUGGAGAGCCUGGACUGCUCCAGCCAACUUAACUUUAUUUGUUAUGAAACUAAAAGCUCCGGUUAG